GCAAUCUGUGAAUGAAUACAAGGGACACUGGAUCCAUCAUGAAUUCGAGAGAGCUGACAGGAACUCUGGCUCUGGCUGUGUUCACAGCAGCGUUGGGGUCUCUGCAGUAUGGUUACAGCCUUGGUGUUAUCAACGCACCUCAGCAGAUCAUUGAGAGACAUUAUGCCCGGUCUCUGGGAGUAUGGCCCGAUAAGUCUGCCGCCCUAUCAGAGAACAGCACAGAGGAAGAACACUUCAUGGAGGCGGGCAAGAACCCUGCCGUGGUCAUCUAUUGGUCACUGUCGGUGGCAAUCUUCUCCAUUGGAGGCAUGGUCUCCUCCUUCCUGGUGGGAUUUGUGGGGGACCUGAGAGGGAGGGUAAAGGGGAUGCUAGCAGUCAACAUACUGGCCAUUGUUGCUGGGCUGCUGAUGGGACUGUGUAAAAUGUGGAAGCCUCACAUCAUGGUCAUCUCAGGACGCGCUGUCAUGGGGUUUUACUGUGGCUUGACAUCUGGGCUGGUGCCCAUGUACAUAGGAGAGAUCGCUCCCAAGGCUUAUAGAGGAGCUCUGGGUACACUGCACCAGCUGGCUAUAGUUACCGGCAUCCUAAUCAGCCAGGUAAUUGGCUUGGACUUCCUGCUAGGUAAUGAUGAUAUGUGGCCCCUGUUACUGGGUCUGUCUGGGGCUCCGGCCAUUUUACAAUCCUUUCUGCUGCCUUUGUGCCCUGAGAGUCCGCGGUACCUCUAUAUCAAACUGGGCAAGGAGCAAGAUGCCCGCAACAGUCUGCAUCGCCUGAAGGGGGAGUAUGACCCGACUUCUGAUCUAGAGGAGAUGAAGAGAGAGAAGGAAGAGGCAGAGAAGGAGGCCAGGAUCUCCAUCCUUUCCUUGAUCCGCUCCUCACUCUACAGACGGCAGCUCUUUGUGGCUCUCAUGAUGCACCUCUCCCAACAGUUCUCUGGCAUCAAUGCUAUCUUUUAUUACUCCACCUCCAUCUUCCAUCACGCUGGAGUCAGCAGGCCGGUCUACGCCACCAUAGGAGUCGGGGUCAUCAACACAAUCUUCACUCUGGUGUCUGUGGCUCUGGUGGACAAGACUGGUCGGCGUACUCUAACUCUGGCUGGCCUAGGAGGGAUGUGUUGCUGUGCCGUUGCAAUGUCAGUAGGCCUUAGAUUGCAGCUUGACUACUCAUGGAUGAGCUACGUCAGUAUGGCGGCUAUCUUCCUGUUUGUAAGUUUCUUUGAGAUUGGUCCUGGCCCGAUCCCAUGGUUCAUAGUGGCUGAGCUGUUCAGCCAGGGCCCACGGCCAGCUGCCAUCGCUCUGGCUGGCUGCUGCAACUGGACCAGCAAUUUCAUCAUAGGCAUAACCUUCCCUUACAUACAGGAUUUGUUGGGGAGUUAUGUGUUCAUCUUGUUUGCUGGCCUGCUUCUCGGCUUCACGGUAUAUAUUUACCUUUGUGUCCCAGAGACCAAGGGGAAAUCCUUCGAGGAGAUAGCUGCUGUCUUUCAGAAGGGACGGAAAAAAAUGCAAAUGAGCCCAAAUCUUCAUUCUGAACUGGAGCAGCUCAAAUCAGUUACAGAUGCUUGAGAAAACGCCCAAUACAGGAAAAUAUAAGCUUAAAUUAUUUCUUAGCCAGGCAAUCUUCCUUUUUCUUAUAUUAUCACUACUUGGCAUCCCCCUCAUCACAUUUUCUUUUUAUAUAUAUAUUAUAAGGCCAUAUAACUUUGUUAUCCUGUUUCAAUGUUAUAUCCUUCUCUCACUCAGACGUGUGACAAAUGUGUUUUUUUUUUUUUUGUCUACAUGGUGAUGCUGGUCAUUUGGCUGAGCUCCCAAGCUGUUCCAGUGACAUCUGGACAGUGCUUGGUGUCCUCCUCAUCAUAUUCUUCAUAUUUUAUAAUUCUAUUAUAAUACUGUUAUCCUCUUUCAAUGUUGUAUUGUGUAAAUUGUGUAAACACAACAUCCAUUGCACGUUGUCCGUCUUGGGAGAGAGAGCCCUCCUCUGUUGCUCUCCCUGAGGUUUCUUCCUAUUUUUCUCCCUGUUAAAGGUUUUUUUUCUUUGGGAGUUUUUCCUUAUCCGAUGCAAGGGUCUAAGGACAGGAUGUUGCUAUUAAUCCCACUGAGGCAAAUUUGUUAUUUGUGAUAAUGGGCUAUGCAAAUAAAAUGGACUUGACUUGAGUUGUUGAACAGCACAAUAGACAAUAUCAACUUGGAAUUCUGUUUAUAUGUCAACGGGCCAUAUCAUGUAUUUUGGCAGGAUAUCUGCACACUUUUUUUUUUCAAACAAAGCAGUUUGAUUUUUCUGCUUUAUCUGAUGGUACAUUGAAGAGAAGGGAAUCUAUGUACUUACUGAAAGACAAACCGAGGUUUGAGGAAUUGAGCAAGUAAUUACAGUGAAGGGGCUACACAGAAUUGAGCACUGUUGUAGCAACAAAGAGACCAUGGUUUGACCCCAGCCCUUCGGUAAAGAAUUCAUGUUUCCCCCAUGUUAACAUAGAUUUCCACAGUCCAAGCAUGUAUAUAUUAGCUGAACUGGAGACUCUUAUUUGCCUACAUGUAUGAAUAGUAAUGUGAUAUUCUGGGUGUAGGCCCUUCCUUCGGUGGACUCACAAUCCAUCCAAGUUGAGACUUUAAUGUGCAUGUUAUGUUUGAUGUUUCUUUGCGCUACAUUGAGACAUUUUGAAUGUUAAGAAUGUUUACACGAAGUGAUAUAAGAGUUAUGGUUAUGCAAUAUGUUACAUUGACCUGUUUGGAAAGGGGAUCAUAUGGGUGACCUGCUGGUGGCAGUAUAACGGAUUAUAUGUAUAGACAGGAAGUGCGAAGAAGGGAAAGUGCGUAAACCGGAACUGAGGGGAGUAGAAUGAAGUUGCUCGCAAGAAGUUCCAAUCACUGUCUAAUACUAAAAUAAGAAUGUUACAUCCAUAUAUGAACGUAAUAAUAUUAAGAAGAAGGAGAACAUCCAUGCUUCUGUCCAAAUUAUGCUCAGAUCUAUUUCAGCACCCAUGCAGCACUUAGAAGAAGUCAGCGGGUGAAGAAAAUUGCUGGAUGCGUGGAAUACAGCAUGGAAGACACUUAAAUGACAAAACAUUUAUGUUUGCAUGAACCGGAAAAAAGCUCAGAAAUGAAUAUCUUUGUGCAUGCUCAAUAAUCCAGGUAAGAAAAUCAAAUAAACGUUGUA